UAUAAGGGGAAAAAUGGCGGCUAAGCGUCGGUGCGCUGUAGCUGGCUGUCAAGUGAUGUAUGGAAAAGAAAACUCUAAAGGAAACGGAAUAACUUUUUUCCAGAUUCCACCAUCCUCUUUCACUGAUUGGAAGUCGUUGGUUUCUUCCAGUAAUUUGACGUCUCAUUCCCGUUUGUGUAGUCGUCAUUUUGACGAUGCCGACAUUGUGAAGGGUAGGAAAAUUGGAGGAACUUUUUUCCCAUUUCAACGUUGGAACUUGAAAAGUGAAGCAAAGUCCAAGCAUUUACUGAACCUUGAUCAACCAGUGCCAACCCGAGGACUGAAGAGUUUUAGACAGCCAUUUCAAGAGAGGCCCAACGAUAACUACAAAGGGAAAACCCUGGUCCAUCGUACAAGUUCCAAGGUUCAGAGCAUACAGAAUAUUUAACAAACCUGUUAAAUGAUGUGUUCGACAUAAUGAAUGCAAAAUUCUGUAAGGAAGGGAUAACUGUUCUGAAUUGGUUACCUAAAAAGAAAAAGCUCGAGGAGAUGCUUGUAGUUAUGAAAAGAACAGAAAUGAUUUAUUUCCAAUCAGACAUCAGAGAAAAAAUGUCUUCUACGACGACCAUCCAUGUAUGGAGAACUUCGAUCCAAAGCACCAUAGCAAUUACCGAAAAGCUCUUCUCUGAAAAUUAUGGCUUUGUUCUCACAGGUAAAUUCAACCAGGAUGUCCUAGAGAGAUUAUUCAGGAUCGUUCGAUCAGUUGAUAGCCACCCAACGGUGACGUCUUUCUUGCAAAUAAUGAGAUAUGUCUCUUUGCUCGCUCGACUGAAUACGGUCGUAAAAUGAUCAAGCAUCGAUAGCAGUGAGUAAAUUGUAGUAUUGGCGACCAUCUCAAAAUGCCUUCAACAUAAAGCAAAGCAAUCCGAUAUCGCUGCAGCUGACCUUAAAAAGUGUAUGGAAGAUAUUCUGCUGAAGGAACUAACUUCUAGAUAUGUAGACUCACUUCCAGAACGAGAAAAAGUCGACUAUAUUAAUGAUAUCGCUAUAUAUGAUGUAUGUGGAUACAUGUUAAAAGCACGACCGUCUGUAACAGUAUUUCUUGAUUGUAAACAUUCAGUGCAAUGCGACGAAUUAGAAUUACCACCUGAUUUCAA